UAAAUUGUUAUGGAAAAUAAUAAUGUAACGUUAGGUAAUUACAGUACUCCCACCUUACAUUCCUCAGGGACAUUUGUAUUAGAUCUUUUAAGCAGGUGUUUUUUGUUUACAUUAUUGCCUUCUGGUUAGCUAAUGUUUGCCCUACAGGUAAUAGUCACUUUUCCACCCCUUUAUAUAUUAGGUAUAGUUGUAAGUAAAAAAAAAGGUCAAAGACAAAGCUAUUCGGGUUCUUGUGAGUAUAUACACUUCACUGCCGAUGUGGGGGGGCGCCACCUAAAAUCUUGCCUAGGGCGCCAGAUUGGUUAGGGCCGGGCCUGAAAUACAGUAGUAUUUUGUGAAAAAUAUGAAAACCUUUUUUCAUCAAGUACCAUAUCAGAAAAAACUUGGCUCCAAGUACUACCAUAAUGACCAACAUUAAAUCACAGUAGCAUAGAAGGCCUACAUAUUAAUUAAAAACAAGGCAGAGGUUCUAUUUAAAAAGUACAUUUAAUAUUUUUGGCUACUGUAACAUUACGCACAGUUUGAACAGUAACACCGUUUUGGAAUAUUUAUUUCAGUGAUUCUUUGGCAUACUACGAGAUAGAGCCCGCAUACCACUAGUGGUACGGGUACUACAGUUUGACAAUCACUGUUCUGAGGUAUUUUGUAUGUUCGUAAUGACAGUACUCUUUCACUAAGAAUUAUUUUACGUAUAGUGGUAUUUUAUAUUGAACAAAAUAAUAAUUAUUUCAAAGCUAAAUAUAUGAAAAAACAGUUCCAAAAAAAUUACAUAAAAUGCAUUUUUGUCAGCUCCUAGCCGCAGUACCUAUCAUAUGAUCUGAUCCAGUGUCUUUUCCACUUUUCAAUCACUGUAGGGUGUUGUAUGUUGAAACAUGCAUGCAUUAUACAUAUGUAAAUAUAUCCUAAUUUAAGAAAAUCUAAAAAACGAAUAUGAAAUAAAAUUUACAAAUGGUAACUUAUCAUUAAAAAACAAUACAAUAUCAUAAACAAAUAUUUUAUUAUACAUUGUUUUUAAACCUCGGAUCAUUUUGGUCAUGUCACACAUGUUGCUAGGCAGAGUUCGUAGGGCUCAAUCACCCAAAAGCCAAUGAGAAAAAAAAUUGGGCUGAUGGCUUCAUGUUAAAAAAAUCAAUCAAUCAAUCGAUGUUUAUUUAUAUAGUUCUAAAUCACAAGUGUCUCAAAGGGCUGCACAAGCCACGACGACAUCCUCGGUUCAGAGCCCAAAAAAAGGGCAAGGAAAAACUCACAACCCAGUGGGAUGUCAAUGUGAAUGACUAUGAGAAACCUUGGAGAGGACCGCAGAUGUGAGUGACCGCCCCCCCCCAGGGGAGACCGGAUGCAAUGGACGUCGAGUGGGUCUAGCAUAAUAUUGUGAAAGUCCAGUCCAUAGUGGAUCUAACAUAAUAGUGAGAGUCCAGUCCAUAGUGGGGCCAGCAGGAGACCAUCCCGAGCGGAGACGGGUCAGCAGCGCAGAGAUGUCCCCAACCGAAGCACAGGCGAGCGGUCCACCCCGGGUCCCAACUCUGGACAGCCAGCACUUCAUCCAUGGCUACCGGACCUGUGCCCCCCUCCACAAGGGAGAGGGGGGGGCAGAGGAGAAAAGAAAAGAAACGGUAGAUCAACUAGUCUAAAAAGGGGGUCUAUUUAAAGGCUAGAGUAUACAAAUGAGUUUUAAGAUGGGACUUAAAUGCUUCUACUGAGGUAGCAUCUCUAACUGCUACCGGGAGGGCAUUCCAUAGUACUGGAGCCCGAAUAGAAAACGCUCUAUAGCCCGCAGACUUUUUUGGGGCUCUGGGAAUCACUAAUAAGCCAGAGUUCUUUGAACGCAGAUUUCUUGCCGGGACAUAUGAUACAAUACAAUCGGCAAGAUAGGCUGGAGCUAGACCGUGUAGUAUUUUAUACGUAAGUAGUAAAACUUUAAAGUCACAUCUUAAGUGCACAGGAAGCCAGUGCAGGUGAGCCAGUAUAGGUAUAUAUAUGAUCAUACGUUCUUGUUCUUGUCAAAAGCCUAGCAGCCGCAUUUUGUACCAACCAUAAUCUUUUAAUGCUAGACCAAUGGUUCUUAACCUGGGUUUGAUCGAACCCUAGGGGUUCGGUGAGUCGGCCUCAGGGGUUCGGUGAGUCAGCCUCAGGGGUUCGGUGGAGCCUCCACCGUGGAGGUCAAGACACACCCGACUUAUCGUGUAAAUAAAAACUUCUCCCUAUCGUCGUAUUACGGAUACGGCAACAGCAGAAGUCACACUGGUUUUCAGGUGCGUAAUUUCUUGUGAGUUUAUGCACUGUGUUGGUUUUGUUCUUUGAACAAGGUGAUGUUCAUGCAUGGUUCAUUUUGAGCACCGGUAAAAAAACAUAACUUUGUCUUGAAUUUGAAAAAAAACAACAUUUUAUUUUUCACUAAAGAAGGGUUCGGUGAAUGCGCAUAUGAAACCGGUGGGGUUCAAUAUCUCCAACAAGGUUAAGAACCACUGCCCUAAACCUAAUCAAAUAACUCUAAAUUAAGUCUUUGUUACUUAGAAUAUGUUCCCCAUACUAAAGUGUUACCAAAAACAUAUAACUUUGUCUUGAAUUUGAAAAUAAAACACAUUUUCUUUUUCACUAAAGAAGGGUUCGGUGAAUGCGCAUAUGAAACCGGUGGGGUUCGGUAUCUCCAACAAGGUUAAGAACCACUGCCCAAACCUAACCAAAUAACUCUAAAUUAAGUCUUUGUUACUUAGAAUAUGUUCCCCAUACUAAAGUGUUACCAAAAACAUAUAACUUUGUCUUGAAUUUGAAAAUAAAACACAUUUUCUUUUUCACUAAAGAAGGGUUCGGUGAAUGCGCAUAUGAAACUGGAGGGGUUCGGUACCUCCAACAAGGUUAAGAACCACUGUGCUAGACAUAGGGAGACCCGAAAAUAAUACGUUACAGUAAUCGAGACGAGACGUAACAAACGCAUAAUGAUAUAAUGAUCUCAGCGUAGCUAGUGGACAAAAUGGAACGAAUUUUAGCGAUAUUACGGAGAUGAAAGAAGGCCGUUUUAGUAACACUCUUAAUGUGUGACUCAAACGUGUCAGAACGAGGACUAUGGAGUUUUUGUUUCCCCAAGAUGCAAGUGAAUUUGGAUCGGACAUGGCUUGAAGGUGGGUACAUGAUUUAUUUAUUACUAUCAAAAAGGAAAAACAAAAAGCGCGCACAAUGGCGGAGGUAAAAAAAACUUGGCGAAUGAAAACAAAACUUGCACAAAGGUAGAAACUGAACACGAAAUAAAAAACACUUACUGUGGCAUGGGACCGUGAACAGGGCUUGAUACGAGAGGAUAGCAGGGUUAAAAAAGAUAUGACACCAGGACGAGCAACAGAAAAUGAAAAGCUUAAAUAACACAGACAUGAUUAACAACAGGUGCGUGACUCAAAACAGGUGCUUGACAUGACAGGUGAAAACUAGUGGGUUGCUAUGGUGACAAACGAGUGCACAAUGAGUCCAAAUGUGAAACAGGUGAAACUAAUGGGUAACCAUGGAAACAAGACAAGGGAAUGAAAAGCCAGAAACUAAAGAGUCCAAUAACUAAACAAAACAAAACAAAACAAAACAUGACUUAAACAAAACAUGAUUACACAGACAUGACAAAACGAGAGAGUUGGGUCUAAAAUAAUACCCAGAUUCUUUACCGAGUCGCCUUAUGUAAUUGUUUGGUUGUCAAAUGUUAAGGUGGUAUUAUCAAAUAGAUGCCGGUGUCUAACAGGACCGAUAAAAAACACAAAUAUAAUAACUUACUCUCAAAACAGAAAAAAGAAUAUCAAUUCAAUCACUGAUCUGUAUUGAUGACAAAGUACUAGAGAUGCGCGGAUAGGCAUUUAUUUAAUCCGCAACCGCAUCACAGAAGUCGUCAACCAUCCGCCAUCCACCCGAACUAACAUUUAAUCAAAACCGCACCCGCCCGCCAUCCGCCACCCGCCCGUUGUUAUAUAUCUAAUAUAGACGAUGCAAGGCAUUAGUGAGGUUAUAAAGCUUUUGCCUGUUAAAGAAAGGAGACUGAUCCAAUGCAGCAGAGACAUUCAAUGCGUGCCACGCUGUCACGGCCCAGACGCACACCAGUGCGCAAUCAUCUGGGAGCCGCGCUGAGCGCACCUCCAAGCGCGCUCGCGCCACUCAAACUGCUGCAGGCAGCUGCGUUCACACAUGCAUCUGUAAUCCUUGUUUUAACAUCCUGUGGCACUCUUCUGGGAUCACGGCGGACGAAACUGCUCAUGCUCAGGGUGUUUGUGGAGGUUCGGGGUUUUGCACAAAUGUGAUGCACCAUGUUAGAUGUCCCGGUUUUGUGACUGUCGUAGACAUAAACAGCGUCGCAGCUCUUGCAAAUCACGUAGCCAGCAUUACUAUCAUCCUGAUUUACAACCUCAUAAAAACGAGUCCACGCUGAACUUUUCUGGCCUUUUUUCCUCUGGUCUUUAGUAUUCCCUUUUUUAGUUUGUCGCGUACCACGUUUGCUGCCGGCGUUGCCAUCUCUUUUUUUUUUCUUCUUCUGUUGUGGCAUAUGCUGCAGGUGCCUGCUCGUUUUUCGUAUGUGGGUAACAACAUUUAACUAUGUAUAUAUAUUUCCGAAUUGGUUUAACUGCCACCCGCCUGAAUCUAUUUAAAAUCAAAUUUUUUAAAAUUUCAACCGCCCGACCCGACCCGCGGAUAAAAUCUAAUUUUUUUUUAUUUCAACCGCCCGACCCGCGGAUAAUCCGCGGACUCCGCGGUUGUGUCCGCAAACCGCGCAUCUCUACAAAGUACCUAUUUGUAAAGAAGGGGAAAACUGUGCCAUCUGCUGGAGCAAAACUAGAUAAUGUUGGCCUUUUCUGUAAGUGAUGCAUAUGUUCUUCAUCUGGACAACAAUGUUUGUGCCCCCACAAACAAAAGAACCGCAGCUUGUGUGGAAAGACAAAAACGUCACGUCAGCAGAUGAUGUUUAAAAAUUCUAAGUAUAAAUAGCAAGAAGAAGCAGAAAGAAGAUUUGUGGGGCCUGCUUGGCUUGCUUAGUGGAUAAUGCAAAGUUGUUUGGAAAUAAGACGCAACAAAUGUUUACUUGUUGUGUGACAGCUUGCAAAACAAGCACUGUUUAGUUUGUCCAAAACCAAGCUGAGCGUCAGCUGACAGGAAGGAAGAAACGACCACAUCGUGCAUCACCAUUUCUUUUACUUCAAUUCCUCUUCUGACACCUUUGCUCGGAAAGCCUAGAUGGAAACUUAGAAAAAAAAGAGGGAACUGGAGAUUAGUUUAGCCGCCCCUCCUCCUUCCCCUCCUUGUCUCAUCUCCACAAUAUCCUCUUUUGGGGUCUUUUCUUGUUUGAGUGUGGCAAACACACACAGUAGGGAUGAGAGUCUGAGAGCAGAGCAGGACAGGAGGAGAUCUGGUCCAUGAUGGGAUGCUGCAGUGUGACCCAGAGGCACACCGGAGUAGACGAGGUGGGUCCUGAUGAGAUCGAACUACUGGAACUCUCUGGGGACAAUUUAGGUGUGUGGGCAUUGGGAGAGACCAGACUUCAACUGUCAGUAAGGAGGAGCAGCAAAGACGACAAACAGCCAUCAUGUUACACUUCGCUACGACACCUGGAGCAACAGGGGGUGCUGUGGGGCAAGAGCAGAGAGGAUCUGCACCACAGGAUCUACUCCCAGCAGCCAAUCAGAGGCUGGGAGGGUCGACCUGCUCACAUGUUUGGAGAGAUCAUCCACUCUUCCUUCGUGUGUCUGCACAGCAAAUACGCUCAGGACAAAUGUGAUUACUUCCUGGUUUUAUUCUCCUUCCACCUGCUCCUCCUCUCCUUGGACCACACACAGCAAGACUUUGUUUACGAGGGAAUGCUUCCUCUUUCUGGCCUCUCCUUCCACAUCAUCUCCAUGGAGCGAGACGUCUCACAGCCACCUCACAUGUUUGAGAUCAGCAGUCGGAUGAUGGAGCCCAAAGUCUUCAUAUGUACCACCGGUGCUGAGCUGCAGGCCUGGAUGCGGCAUGUGGAAGACAGGAGGUACAAGUCCAUGACCCAACCUACAAGUCCCUCCCACUGUGCUCUCUCCUACCUGCUGCCUUGUGAUGAGCACUGGAAAAGAGAGGAGUUGAAGAAGUACUUGAUGCAUGCGCCGAUAUGGGAGUGGGAGGGUUCACCGAUACUGCACAUGGGACCACCAAGCUACCUGUCGGUGGUGCACAUCAUCAGCACACACAGACAGGGUCUCCAAGAACGACUGAUGGUUCUCUUCCCCCAAGACGUGCUGCUGCUGUCAGUCGACAACCAGCUGCUCAACAUCACAUAUCAGGGCAGGCUGCCGCGUCAGAGCAUCAAAGUCACGGAGAAAUCAAGCCUUCCUGGACGACUUGAGUUUGAGCUAGGAGGAGAGCUGGUGGAGCCUCUGCAGGUGUCGUGUACCUGCAUGGAGGAUCAUCACAACUGGAUCGCGCAUCUACAACAGCCAGACAGAAGCGUCCACGCUGCCGCGCCAAACGUGGCGACAAGGCUGCAAAGGGGCCGCCAAGAGGCCAAAGUCACAAAAGCAGACGUCAAUGGACGCAGCUGAGUGUGCAGAAUAAAAAUAGUGUGUAACGUGCACACGUGGCGAUAAUGCAGGGACUCUGUUGUCAUC